GCGAUUUUUGGUCCAAUUGCAUGUUGCUUUAUGCUUGCAGAAUCUGUCACAAUCAUUCCCAAUAGCUUGCGUGUAGGCUCUGCUGAUUUACGAACAGAUUAAUUAGGACGAAUCAGUUUUACUAAGUCUUUAAAUACGCUCAGCUUUCCUUCAAAAUGUGGCAUCCCGGAUAUUGGGAUAGACAUAAAGGCUCCCGCGUUAGAUUAAAACAGAAGUGGUACUUUAGAGCGCGAUAACUUUGAUAUUCGCUGUCACAGCGGACUUAAGGUGACACGAGAAACGGUUAUGUCGUGUUUGUGUUUGUAACUAAUUGCAAGUCAAGCCGUUUUCACGAAAAGAAUCAUCUAGUCCCGCCACUUUGAAAAGUAGGUCGAUCAAGAAAAAAAUUGGUUUCGGUUUCAUUGGUAGCAAGCCAAUAUCCGUGAUUAGGGGUCGAAAUGUUGAAUUUUGAUUUUGGAUCAUGAUUUCUACCGUGGAGUUUUUGACUUUUUUCUGAUUUUGUCCAUCGUUUAACGGCAGAUUGUAUUGGAAUUUUUAGACGGUAAACAGAAGUAGCUGUUGGUUUCUCAUGAAACUGGACAUGAUUGAAGAUUUUACUGCGAAUGACAUAAUGUGAUCGUCAUUUGAGAGCACCUAUACCUUUAUUUUGAAGACAAUCCAAUACCAUGGAGCUUCUAGAGGAAGACCUCACCUGCCCAAUAUGCUGUUGCCUUUUUGAAGACCCGCGAGUCCUCCCCUGCUCGCAUAGUUUUUGUAGGAAAUGUUUAGAAGGUAUUCUGGAUGGAAACCGAAGUCCCUCGUGGAGACCACCGUUCAAAUGUCCCACCUGCCGAAAAGAAACCCCUCAUAACGGCAUCCACAGCCUGCAGGUCAACUACUCGCUACGCGGAAUCGUGGAGAAGUACAACAAAAUAAGAAUCUGCCCAAAGAUGUCACUUUGUAGACAGCACAGCUGCCAACCGCUGAACAUAUUCUGUGCCACGGACUUAAAACUGAUUUGUGGUUUUUGCGCUACAACAGGAGAUCACAAAGGACACAAGUUCUGUGCCUUAGAAGAGGCUUACGAGCAGGAGAAAGCCGCCUUUGAAGAGCUCUUCAAGGGCUUCGAAACCUGGCGCAGCGAUGAUGUGCUCUCCUGCCUGGAGUCCCUGGAAACAAGCAAGAAGAAAGCCUUGCAGGCGAUCUCCAAAGACGCCGAAAAGGUAACGGAGUAUUUCGAUAAACUUAUCAUUACGCUGGAUCAAAAGAAAAACGAAAUUCUCUCAGAUUUCGAGACUCUGAAACUGGUCGUGAUGCAGGCAUACGACCCCGAAAUAAACAAACUGAGCGCGGCGCUGGAGGAGCAGAGACGCGCCCUCAGCAUCGCCGAAUCCUUUAGGGAUGCCACGGACCCCCUCCGCUUUCUCCAGCAGAUGCAGGAGUUCAGGGAGAAGCUGAGGGUCAUCCGGGAGACCUCGCUGCCAUCUCGAAGCGACAUGGAUGUCGGUCCCCUGGUGAAAAACUUUGAUGUCAAGAACUGGGACUCCGUGAGACUUAAAGAUGUGGACAAGCUUGCCGCGCCUCACGACGACAGCGCUCCCGGCUCCCUCAGCCCACGGUAUUCCCGAGUGCUAUGGGGGCUCGCCGUUUUCGUGUGCCUCGCACUGUCCGCGCUGUUUUUCGCAGAGUCGACCAACCUGUCUCUCGUUUCUACCCAUGUUACUGCUGUCGGUCAUUCCAUACCAGCGCCCGGGGAGCUGGCAAACUACGCUGCUCUGUGCUGGAGUGAGGUGGCUAGUGUGUGUCUGGCUCUGUUUGAGGUAUGCCAUAAGUGUAUCCUCAGCCUGCUCAAUACAACAGCCGAUCUAAUUUGCUGUUACAAGAUGCUUUAGAUAGGAGAGUAGAUAUUCCGCUGAUGCAAACCUUGUAUAUUCAUAAAAUGUUUUUAACAUGUUUCUGGUUGCCAUUUAAAGUUUCGGUGCAACUAGUUAUGGUACUAGUUAUGGUACUAUACAAUUGUACAGUCUUUUUACCACAGUAUUUACUUUCUAAUGCAAAAUAUCAAGUUCAGUUUGCAUGCUUCUAUAAAGAUAUGCAAAUAAUUAGAUUCAUAACUGUUAUUACAAAGUAAAGGCUCAAAUCAGAAACAGCGUGAAUUACUUUUGGACAGCGGUAGUGGUUGCUAGGACUAUUGGAAAUCUAUAAAGAUUAAGUUAAAUGUCGAUCAAAUGAAUGUGAUGCUGCAUUGCUUUCGACGUAUGUGCCGUCCCUCCUGUCAUGCGUUGGUCUCCGGGUCCCGUUUUAUUUACACACCAUUGCAAACAGGCUUUUUCUAUCAUUUUUACUUCGGAAUUGGAAAUAACUGCUUUUUCUACUUAGAUGUCAGCCUGGUGUUGUACAGGUACAUGCGUUUCUCCUGCCGCAGAAACACAUUUGCUCAUUUGCAUAAUAAAAUUGUUUAAUUUGUGUUUUUAUU